AUGCAGAGCUCUCCAGUGCUUCUCAGUGCUGUAAUUAGGGCCAUCCUCCAGCUAUUGGGAUCCCCAUUUCGCAUAACUGGGAAUGUCUUCUGUUCCAACCCAUCGCAGCAUUUCAGCUUCCUCAAGAGUUUUGCAGCUCAUCCCAAUGAUGAAUCUCCGGCAUUUUUCACUGAUUCCCUCUCCGGAAGUGACUAUCGGAAUGUGGAGGAACAUCGUACGGUAGUUUUGGUGGAUUUUGAUUGUCCCACAGCAAUGGAAAUCCUUGCAAAUGCCUCCCAUCAGGAAAUCUACUACAACUACAAAUGGAUUCUCUUUCACACCACCUCCCGGGAGAAGAUUCAAAUUCCCACCGAUUUGAGGGUUCUUGUGAGUAGUGAAGUGUUUGUUUUGCACCCAGAUGGGGAGGAGAAUGUUGCCGUUGAGCAAGUUUAUCGACAUCGCCCGGAUACACCACAAAUUUGGGAAACUUUUGGCCUAUGGCGAGGCAAUCAGGGUGUACUUGAGGAUCACAGAUCAACACCAAUCACAUCCCGAAGACGACAAAAUACACAGAAAGCUCUUCUCAGGGCUAGUAUGGUGAUCACCCACAAUGACACACUACAGCAUCUGGAUGACUACCAUGACAAGCAUAUUGAUACCAUAACAAAGGUCAACUACAUCCUGACCAAUCAUUUAAUUGACUACGUCAAUGGAAGUGUUGCGUACUCAAUUGUCCCAACUUGGGGGUAUUUCAAUGGAAGCGCCUGGAGUGGCAUGAUUGGGGAAUUGGAUCAGGAUUUAGCUGAUUUGGGAGCAUCUCCGCUCUUCUACACAGUUGAUCGCAUCCCUGUGAUUCAGUACAUUGCAAUGACAACCCCAACACGCUCAAAGUUUGUUUUUCGCUCCCCAAAACUCUCCUUCACCGACAACGUCUUCAUUCUACCCUUUGAUACCUUCGUGUGGUACUCUCUGAUCACCCUAAUGAUCCUCCUCGUGCUCAUCCUCACUCUGGCAGCUGCCAUUGAGUGGCGCACACUGGAUAUUGACCCGGAGGACAGUCAGUCGCUUCGCCCGAAGAUCAUGGAGGCAUUUAUGGUUGUCUUUGGGGCAAGCUGCCAGCAGGGCUCCAGUCAAAAUCCCCGUGGCUUCUCCACGCGAUGCAUCACCUUCUUGGCAUUCAUUGUCCUCUUCUUCCUCUACACAAGCUACUCAGCCAACAUUGUGGCCCUGCUGCAGUCACCAUCGCGAAAGAUUAAGACACUUCCGGAUCUACUGGCGUCACGUCUCAAAUUUGGCGUUGAUGACACCGUCUUCAAUCGCUACUACUUCACACAUCAAACGGAACCCAUUAGGAAGGCAAUUUACGAACAGAAGGUGAUCCAGAGGGGCUCCCCCGCCUUUAUGGCACUCGAGCAGGGCAUUAAACUCCUCCGCGGGGGAUUAUUUGCCUUUCACAUGGAAACUGGAGUUGGAUACAAGGUUGUUACGGAGACAUUUUUUGAGAGUGAAAAAUGUGAUUUGCAGGAGAUUCAAUUCUACGAACUCAUUGAUCCAUGGUAUGCCAUCCAGAAGAAUUCCUCCUUCAAGGAAGUCUUCAAGGUUGGGCUAUUUAGAAUGCAGGAAAAUGGCCUGCAGGAGCGUGAAAACUCCCUGCUGUACACAAAGAAGCCCGAAUGCCAUGGGAGUGGGGGGAAUUUUGUUACAGUCGGCCUCAUUGACAUUCAACCAGCUAUGCUACUCUUUGCAUGGGGAAUCAUCAUAAGUUUGGGGAUAUUUUGCAUUGAAUUCGGUGCUAAGAAGUUCAAACAUGAGCUUCAGCAACGAAUGAAAUGUUGCCGGAAGUAUUGA